GUAUGAUUUGCAUUCCGUGUUGCUUUUGUUGCGGCACGUUCGAGUGUAGUCGCGUGUUCUAAGAUAAAGAUAGUACUUUGCUGCUGUUUAUAAUUAUAUUUUGAAAACUAACUAAUUUGUAAUCAUUAAGUCAUGGCUAAAUGGGGAGAAGGUGAUCCACGAUGGUUAGUGGAAGAGCGUCCUGAUGCGACAAAUGUCAAUAACUGGCACUGGACAGAAAAAAAUGCAUGUCAAUGGUCAAAAGAGAAAUUUAAUGAGAUUUUGAUAGGCACAAAGAUGGAAACUGAUUUUGCAAGCUGUGAAAUAACUGAAAUUACUAAAUGUAAUGGUGAUGCAGUAGUAAAUAAUCGAAAGGCAAAAUUAAUAUUUUUCUAUGAGUGGGGAUUGGAAAUGAAAUGGACAG